CCGGUAACUAUUCGGUAAUCGGAAAAACCUAGGGUUAAAAAGAAAGAGAAAAAAAAGAGAAAAAAAAAAAAAGAAAAAAAAAGAGAAGAGGGAAUGGAUCCACAGCCCCACUUGAAUGUUCUAAAGCUUUCCAAAGAUUUAUCCAAAGAUUUAUCAGAUCGUGAUAGCUUCAAAUUUUAAAACAAUUUUAAACCAUCCCAGCUUUCCAAUUCGUCUCUUUUCACUCUCUUCCACAAUAACUCUUUACUGUCUACUAGGUACCGUUGGUUUAAAGCUUUACACAAGUAUCUCUCUUAAUAUAUACCUCACAAUGGCCACCGCUAUCCGAUCAAUCAAGUCCCUGGUCCCGCUUCUGGACCGUGUGCUUAUCCAGCGCAUUAAGGCCGAUACCAAGACUGCUAGCGGUAUCUUCCUACCUGAGUCGAGCGUGAAGGAGCUCAACGAAGGCCGAGUUCUAGCUGUCGGUCCCGGCGCCUUGACCAAGGAAGGCCAGCGCCUUGCCAUGGGUGUACAGACCGGAGACCGAGUGCUGAUCCCUCAGUAUGGAGGAUCCCCCGUCAAGGUCGGCGAGGAGGAGUUCCACCUCUUCCGCGACAGCGAAAUCCUAGCCAAGAUCAACGAAUAAAUCAGCGGAGAGGAGAAGGAAAGAAAAACGAUACCCAUGAUUCACGAGACCGAUGUAUCAUAUUCAUUCAAUGUACAACAGGAGGCACCAAAAAAAAUCUCGGGUCAGUCUUUGCAUAACGCAAUGAUGUAUGAUAUUUUAACGGUCGGAGGGUUUUCAUAAGAGAAAAAAAAAAGAAAAAACUUUGAAGGGCGUGAUGCAUCUUGAGUAGGUCUCAAUGGUAGUCUAGUCUGGUAGACAGGAUCGUCUUGCGAUUCGAGAUGCGAUUAAUCUCCACUCAUCACUCCUAAACAGUACCUAUAUCUUGGGAAUGGGUCAUAUAUGAACG